AUGGCUCCAGCCGUCUUCAACACCCUCCUCAACACGCUGUUUAGCCCCCAGAAAACGGGCUCCAGCGCCGGCCCGCGCACGCCUUCGGACGACGGUGACGCGCGCCCGCCGCUUUCGCCCAAGGCCAAGACGACGUCCAAGAAGAACCAGAAACGGUCGCCUGCGGGCGGCAGCAACGCUUCGACGCCGGUAGCUAAGAGCACGGGCAAGGUGCAAAAGAGACAGCCCGCGAGCAAGCCCGCGCCGUCCCGCGAUUCCCUCGAUGGCCCCUCGACUCCGACGCGUGCCCCCUCGAAGCGCGCCGCUGUAUCGUCGCCGGCAAAGCCCGACGCGCCGGCCGUGACCACGCCCGUGACCCGACCCAAGUCGCCGCGGAAAGCAGCCCAAGCCGCAGACAAACCGGCAGAGACCACCCAAAAGGAGCAGAAGAAGCAGCAGACACAGCCCCAGCCGCCGAAGAAGCGACAACAACAAGCCGCGACGCCCGCCGAAGACGCCAUGGACGUCGACGAGCGUCACGCCGAGCCAAACAACAAGGACGACAAGUCGAACAAACAGGACGACGAUGACGACGAGUUCUCGUUCAAGCGCUUCAGCAACUGGCGCUGGGCCACCAACGGCACGUCCAUCGAGAUCGAGGUGGAAUGGGCUGCUGGCGACAAGACGUGGGAGCCGGAGGCGAACCUGCACGAGGAUGUACCCGACGCGCUGCUGGGCUACUGGGAGGAAAAGGGCGGGCGGCCGGUUAGUCCCACGGACCCGGACGUGUUCGACAUUCUCAGAGUGCGAGACCACAGCCCCGACCGUAAGCAGUUGCUGGUGGAGUGGGUCGGCUUUGGUCCCAAGGACGCGACCUGGGUAUCGCGACGGAGCGUGGAGCGCACGGCGCCGUCCGUUGUGUCCCAAUACAUGAAGGGGCUGAGCAAGGAAAAGGCGCCGCGCAAGCAAGCCAAGGCAGUGGCCAAGACGAAGGCAGCGGCCAAGACGAAGCCGGCCAGCAGCACGAGUUCGGGUUCGACAGUCGCAAAGCCUGCUGCCAAGGCCAAGGCGGCAGCCAGGGUCGGCUCAGCAACAGGCAGCAAGUCCGAAGGUGCCGCCCCGAAGCGGCGAGGCAGGCCGGCGGCGCAGCCCGCGAAGCGGCGACCGGGCGUUGCCUAUCGCAAGUAG